CGUGUGAGGAACGCCCGACUGCUGCUGCUGGAGAGAUAUUGUGGUGUGUGACAACCGGAGGGAAACUUAGGCGGUGGCAGGAGGACUGGAGCAGGCCGCGGCGGCACAGUGAGAGUCAUUACGGGUGGUGCGAGCAGGCAAGGCUCACGUGCGCCACUCCUCCCUGUGUGUGACUGACAGCAGCGCGCUCCGGUGCUCAACCCUGCCCCUCGCGUGUCAGUCCUUUAAAUUUCGGUGCUGCUUGAGAAAGGGAAGAAGAAAGGUGCGCCACACAGCCGGGCAUGGCGUGGGCAGUUCUGUGGGUGUGUGUGGUGGCCGCCCUUACGCAUGGCUUGCCCCUCGACAACAGCCCUUCCCCGCGAGCCUUUGUGGGAUUCUCGUUCUGGCCGCCGGAACCCGAGGUGGAGCCUGUGGAGUGCGCCGCCGCCAACACCCUCCUGCCGCGGGGCACCUGCUUCAAGAGCGACGACUGCAUCAAGCUCGGGGGCGUGGCGUCUGGCAAAUGUACUUCCGGCGGGGUGUGCUGCGUGGUGCCGGUGCUGUGUGGCGGCGUGGCGCGGCACAACAACACGUGGUUCGUCAACAAGGACUUCCCCAAGGCCACCACUGAUCCCGCCUCCUGCACCAUCACCAUCAGGAGGGCCAACGCCAAGGUAGUGCAGGCGAGGCUGGAGCUCGAAGUGCUGGACCUAGGAACGCCUCGCCGAGGUCGGUGCCGAGAGGACUCCUUCCUGGCUACGCGUGCCAGCGUCUCCCAGCCCCUCACGCCAACCCUUUGUGGAAACAACUCACGACAACACAUAUACGUGGACCUGCUGCCUGGGGAGGUGGAGGUACAGGUGAAGCUGGACAACUCACACCUGCUCCCGCGGCAGGGCCUCCCGCAGCGACAGUGGAAGGUGCUCAUCACGCAGCACCCGCAGGAGGAGGCAGCGCCUCACGGAUGUCUGCAGUACUAUCGCCAGGACGCCUCGACAGUCCAUUCUCUCAACUAUGACUCCGGACUUGACUUCGCUGACCAUCUCAACUAUGACGUGUGCUUCACCAGGCUGUCCAAGUCCCAGAAGAGCGAGGAAUCCUGCAAGCGUGAGUUCCGCAACGUGAACAUGGAGCAGAACAGUCUGAGCCGAAUGGUGCGAGACAGCCACCACAGCCAGGUCGCCAGUGAGAAGAAGCGCAAACCAAACAGACAUGGCAGCGGCGCCAUCACCAGUAGGAGGAGGGCAGGCAGGAGCGUGGAUCAGCCCCAGCAAGCACGCGGCGGGAGGUCAGAUAAGAGUGUAGAUCAACCUGAAGCACGCGGCGACAGGAAGGAGAGCGAUUCCAAGCAGUACUCUGAGGAGGACCGAGUCAACUUCGGCGUGCUGGACGUGCUGGGACUGGUGAACAGGACCGUGGAGGAGGUGCGCGUGUCUGGCGGUGCUGUGGCCGAGGAGGGAGACCACAACAUCAUACCUCUGGUCGUUUGGUCACAAGAUAGUCAAGAUGAUCCUGCCUCAAUAGACCCCAGUACAUCGGAGAACAUCACUAGCGAGUCACCCAUCGCCCCAGUGACCUCCAAUGCAGAGAAUCCCAGCCCAACUAGUCUGGUCCCAGUACACGCCGUGGAGGAGCAGCCCGCAGUGGAGGAACGCCCGAUACCCCUGUUUCCCAUCAUGGCGUCCCAGACCAACGAGGCUGUUAUAACGCAGAUCCAGCACGUUGUCAACCAGAUACAGCAGGAGAAGGAACAGCAGCUGAGCAAGGAGGAGGAGAAGGGAGUAGAAGAGGAAGACAAUGAAGAGACAGGUCCUAUUCUCACCACCGCCAUUCAGGACCAGACGGAGACAAGCGACAUUGCUGACAGGAACGACCUUUUCCUGCUGAAUUCGGACAUACCAGUAACUGAAGCUCACGCGUCCUCGCCUGAAGCCUCGCCGAGUACCGGAUCGACCUCUGAGUCCCCACGCCCUGAGUCCCCACAGCCCCCGGUGCUUCAGGACAGCGUGGAGAUCACAUCAGGCUACAUCUCGGUCCAGGAGGAUGCCGAGCCAGACUUUACAACCUCCUAUCCGAAGUUAACCAUGGAAACUGUCCCGCCUCAGCCGCCCAACAUUUCCCAGACCCUCCCAGAUGACGGAGCCUUCAGCGUCCAUGCCGCACCUCUCAACACUCGCACCCCAGCGCCGAACAGUACCCCAGACGUCACGAUUCCCUCAAUUGCGCUGACUACAACCCCAGACGACGAGAACUCAGGCAACCAGACAUUCUCUACCCAGAUCACACCACUCGACGCCACCACCAUUCCACUCGCCAUGGAGACCUUACCCCCUGAGGACACCACCACACACCCCCCUGUCACGUUCCCUUACGCCCCACUCUCAAACACCCAAACCACGACCAAGGAUGCCGUGACUUCAGCUCCGCAAACCACCCCCGCUGACACCCGAAUAGCUUCCCCCGACGUCCCCACCAUGCCGCCUGUUACCAUCUCAGACCUCUCAGCAGCCUCUGUUCUAACCUCCACGGAGCUGUGGGCGUUGAAGGAGACACACUCGCCUGUCAACGUGACCAGCCUGGAGAGCAGCGCUGAGGACGUGGAUGAGAUGCUGGAGAAACUGAAGGACCAGUUCCUGACGGAAUACUUACUAAACGGUAACCAGCCCUCCGAGGACCCAGGCGACCUGUACAUAGGGACGCUGGGCGGGACCAAGUCUGAGGAGGACACCAGUUGGGUCACCGCAGGGAUGGUGGUGAGUGGGGCUGCUACAUUCCCUUCUUCUUCCCAAGCCCAGGAUCUGAUGGAUGUCUCGGGAGGCCCCUUGGAGACCACAAUUACGCCUGAGGCCACGACCUUGGAGGAGGAAGCAAUGAGUAUCCUGGAGUCUGCGAACUUCAAUGAUUUCUCUUUAAAGACUGACGCCACAACAGACGCCGGCCUUGCCGCAGAGACUGAGCCUGUGACAGUAACUCUGGCGAUGGAGGAAUCUGCGGAGUCUGAUCCUACAGCUGACAUGGAGUCUGUCACUGAGCCUGUCGCUGGAUCCGCCUUGAUAACAGCGGAUUACUUCACCGCCACCGCCACCAUUACCACCACCACUGCCGCCACCACCACCACCACUACCACCACUACCGCCAUCACCACCCUCGGGGAUGGCGGCCAGGACGUGCACCUCGCCGUGAAGGUAGAGGCGCCACCAGAAGACACCCGCAGUGAUGCAGACUCCCCCAUGGAAGAUGACGGCAACAGACAAGCAACAAUAAACCUCGUUAUCAACACCGUCGCCUCCUUAGCCUCCGCCACCACCAUCCACCUGACCACUGCUGCGCCUGUCACACCCAGCCCAGCCACCACCACCUCCACACUCACCACCACCUCCACUCUUAUCACAGUCAUUCCCACCACCAUUCACAACAUUAUAUCUGCAUCCCCGCCCACCACGAGCACCGGACCCACUAUCACUACCACCACCUCCUCGUCAUCCCUUUCACCCACCGCCACACACAAUCCAGUUACCACUGCCACCAUUACUUUUGAUAUCACCUCAGUCACCACCACUGCCACCACAUCUGUUGUCAUUACCCCUCACACUGCCCCGCCAGCCACUGCUGUGUCUGUGUCCCCAACUACCACCACCACCACCAUCACCCUCGGUCUUUCCACCGCCCAGCCACCAGGAACUGGGGAUUCCAUGCAGGUGGAAUUGACUGUCACUGACCCCGAAUCAGUACAAGUGGUGGGCGACCUGGUGAUGGCCGAUCACGCUCCUCAGAGCCCGGCAGAGGUUCAGCCGCGCCCCGCUCUGGCUGACGGCAUUCCCUGGCUCAUCCUAGACGGCAGCAAGGCGUCUGUGUCCCUGCCUCUGGAAACUGUGGUGUCCUCGGGGAUUGGUUUUCCUAGUGAGGGUGACGAGCCGAGUGUUGUGAGUCCCGAGACAACUGUGGCGGUGGCGCAACACAGCCCGGCGCACGCGGCGAGUGGAGAGGUCACCACUGAGAGCCAUGGGGCAGCUUUGCAGGACUUGGCAGAAGAGGAAGGUUCUGAUGCAUUAGGAACCACACCUUUGAAUGAACCUCCGGUCGUCAAUAAUGAAAGUGAUGAGUUAGCAGAUGAAAAAAGUCCGGUUACUACUUCUACAGAACUGGUCAAUAUCUCAGCCUCCGACAUAGCAGAUCCAUCAAGCUCAGAGGAUGUCACUGUUACAGAGUCAGCUCUACGAGGAACGGUCACUUCUGAAAAACUAAUAGAAGCCACAAGUUCUGCAACUGACGGUGCACCAGGAGGUACCACCACUGUGUCCUCAGGAGAGACGUCCUCAGGGAGCCUGACAACUCCAUCAGGUGUGCAGGAAUCCUCCCCCACCACCACCACGACCACCACCACCUCCUCCGCUGCCACCACUCAUCCCCCCUCCACCACCACCACUACCACCUCUUCCUCCACCACCACUCAUUCCCCCUCCUCCACCACCACCACAACCACCACCUUACCAGCCAUAACAGUCACCAAGGCCACCCUCGGCGCGCAGAUAAACAUACACGUGCACGACGCUCACAGUGACGUGGAGGUGAAUGACCCGAGUGAGAACGUAAUCGAGGCGACAAUUGAUCUCAUCGCUAACAGUGACGAUUACACGCUACGACAGGACACCCACGCUGAGGAGGAGGAAGAGGAGGAGGAGGAGGAGGAGGAGGAGGAGGAGGAGGAGGAGGAGGAGGACGUUUAUGAAGGACUUAAUGAAAAUGAAGAAGAGAGUGAUCCAGUGAGAGAGGAGCCAGUGUGCGGCGGUGCCUACGUGGUGCUGCGGCAGCGCAUGGUGUGCGGGGGACAGCUGCGUCACAGCCUGCCGGACCACACCUCCUACCCUGAUGACCGCUUCGAGGACAUUGAGAGAUUCUCGGUGCGCACACUGAACACUGCAACGCGCAGCCUGCGCUUCUCUCUGGACUACGAGACCACGUGCCCGCGUGCUGCGCUUCCUCCUCCCACCCCGCCCGCCCCCACCAAGAAGAGAGUGACUCUCCUGCAGUACCUCCUGGGCUGGUACCGCUAGUUCGGGGAUGCCGUCAGACGGGUGUUCUCUGUGGAUCCGCCGCACGCCGAGCGACGGAGAGCAGUUUGCUGACUCCACCGGUUCAUCGCGGCUGUUUCAUCUUCUACCAGCGGCUAUUGUCCCGCCACCGCCGCCGUUGUUGUUGCUUCUGGUGUUAGUAGUGACAAAGUCUGCCGGAUGUUGCAACUUGAUGCAGCGGCAAGAUCCUGUCUGAAGAGUGGGUGUUUGGUGGUGCUGCAGCAGAGGGACACAGGUGGCGGUGGUGGUGGUGGUGGUGAUGGCGGUGUAGGAGGCGCGGACACUCCUGGCGUGGCGUGUCCUGAGGAAGGCGGUGAAGCAGAGGUGAUGUACAUAAAUGAGUUUUUAUUGUGGACAUGGAAGCACAGGUCGUCUGGCGCCAGCAGUUACGGGACGUGGUGAUGAAGGGACGGUGAACAGCACUCAGGCACUGCAUUAUUAUUAUUAUUAUUAUUAUUAUUAUUAUUAUUAUUAUUAUUAUUAUUAUUAUUAUUAUUAUUAAUAUUAUCAUCAUCAUCAUCAUCAUUAUCAUCAUCAUCAUCAUCACCAUCAACAGCAUCAUCGUUAUUGUUGUUAUCAUUGUUGCCAUCCAUCAUAAAUAUCCUCAUCACCAUCAAUGAAUCGCUCAAAUAGUGUUGUGGGUUGUGUGGCAGCGCCAUGCAACAUGCUGUACUGUAAAAACCCUGAGAUACUUGUAGCAGAGCACAAGAAAAUGAGUAGUGUAUGUGUGUGUGUGUGUGUGUGUGUGUGUGUGUGUGUGUGUGUGUGUGUGUGUCUGUGGCGCAGCCCUUCUACCCCGCCCUGCGAUGAGUGCCUAAACUGAGAUUAAUGUAAUUUAUCACAAACAACCUUGUCGAGGCCAACAGAUCUGCUGCUGUUUGUUCUUUCUUUACAUUUCUUACUGUUCUCAUUUUGGUCUGGUGCGGACUGGGCGCGCUGCGCUCAUCUUUCAUUCAAGAACACUAUUAUCAACUGUGUUGCUUUUCUUCAUGAUAUAGUAAGAGCACGUUCAUUUAUUAGAUGUUUGAUGUAGAUUAAGAAUGGCCAUUUAACAAACCCAUUUUUUU